AUGCUAACACUUCAUGUGAGCCUGCUAAGUGGCAGAACAGUCACACUGGAAGCAAAGCCGGAUCACACGGUGGAGUCGUUGCAGGUGCAUGCACAGACUGCUCUGAACGUGUGUCGGGGGCGGCUCCUGGACUGCUCUGGAGAUCCCUUGGAUGCUGCAGCAACAGUUGAGGAAGCUGGGUUGCAGACUGGGCAACUGUUAACUCUACAGAUGAGGCCUGUUGAGAUUUGCAGCUCCGUGACAGGCCGUGCUUUUGCCGCGAUUCUCUCCGACGGAUCUGUUGCUACUUGGGGCCUCUCUGACUUUGGUGGCGACAGUAGUGCCGUUCAAGAUCAGCUCAGGAAUGUGUGA